CGCAACAUCUCCGAGCUCGCCACUAUCCUCCCGCAUUCCAGUGAACAGCUCUUACGAACCUUCACAACGCCCCUCCUAUACCCGACUCUUCACUUUCCACAAUUAUGGACGAGAUCGCGCCCGAGUACGACGUUCUAGUUCUCGGAACAGGUCUCACAGAAUGUGUGCUCUCAGGUGUGCUCAGUGUCAAGGGCAAGAAGGUGCUCCACAUUGACCGCAACGAUCACUAUGGCGGCGAGGCAGCGUCACUCAACAUUGAAGCGCUCUUCAAGAGGUACGGCCAGACCACUGGGGAGCCAUGGAAGAAGUACGGCCGCGUAAACGACUGGAACAUCGACCUUGUCCCGAAGCUGCUCAUGUCGAACGGCGAACUUACAAACAUUCUCGUCUCGACCGACGUCACGAAAUACCUCGAGUUCAAGCAGAUUGCUGGCAGCUAUGUACAACAGGGUCAGGGUGCCAAGGCAACCGUCGCGAAGGUCCCUUCAGAUGCUGGCGAGGCACUCCGCUCGCCGUUGAUGGGCCUGUUCGAGAAGCGCAGGGCUAGGAACUUCUUGGAGUGGGUUGGUGCAUACAAGGAGGACGAUCCGGCGACACACAAGGGUCUUGAUGUGAAGACCUGCAAUAUGAAGGACGUCUACGAUAAGUUCGGCUUGGAGGCUACUACCCGCGACUUCAUCGGACACUCCAUGGCUCUAUACCCGACGGAUGACUACAUUACCACACAGGGACAGGCAAAUGAGGCUAUCCAGCGAAUCAGGCUUUAUGUUAACUCCAUGGCACGAUACGGAAAGUCCCCUUACAUCUACCCGCUCUACGGUCUCGGAGAGCUUCCUCAGGGUUUCGCACGUCUGUCCGCCAUCUACGGUGGUACAUAUAUGCUCAACACCGAUGUUGACGAGUUCCUCUACGAUGGCGACAAGGUCGUGGGCAUCAAGGCCACCAUGAAGGAGAAGGAUGAUGCUGGCCCAGGCAUGAAGUUUGAGACUAAAGCGAAGAAGAUCCUCGCAGACCCCUCAUACUUCCCUGGCAAGGUGCGCGUUACCGGACACUUGCUCAAGGCCAUCUGCAUUCUCAACCAUCCUAUCCCCAACACUGCCGACUCCGACUCCCUACAGCUUAUCAUUCCCCAGUCUCAAGUUGGACGCAAGCACGACAUCUACAUCGCCGUUGUGUCUUCCGCCCACAACGUCUGCCCCAAGGGCUAUUACAUUGCCAUCGUGUCUACCAUUGCCGAGAACGAUACCAACCACCACCUCGAGCUCCAGCCCGGUCUCGACCGUCUCGGCAAAAUUGAGGAGCAAUUCAUGGGCCAGGCCAUCCCGCUCUACGAACCUCUUGAGAGUGGUGCUAACGACAACAUCUUUCUCUCCAAGAGCUACGAUGCGACGAGCCACUUCGAGACUGCGACAGAUGAUAUCAAGGACAUUUACCGACGUGUUGAGGGUCACGACCUAGUUGUUGAGGGUCUGAGAGAUGGACAGAACUUCAAUGUGGAGGAGUAG